GCACAAGGUAUGUUUGCUUGGGAUGAUGACUCCCAUUUCUUUGGGCUUUAAAAGAUGCAGUCAAGUGCUUAUUUAAGUGGCGUUGAUAUCCUUUUUCUCGCUUUCACACGGCGGCCAAUGUCAAAGUGGUAAGGCUAUCUGUCUCGUGUUACUUACAAAUUAAACCUGCCCCGUCAUAUUACCAAUGGGAACCACCAGGACUUUAUGGCUGGCUCUGGUCGGCCUGAUCGCCAGCCCUCGGAUUUCUGCAAGCGGGAUCGCGUCCCUAGAAAUCAUCCCUCCCACUGGACCCUUCAACGUCGGAGUCAGCAAGCACGUAGUCAACUUUACCAAUGCAAACGACCCCUUCGCACCAGGCAACGUGACCACCGAGUACCUUGCCACCGUCUACUACCCAACCCUGGAGAGCCCACCCUGCUCCGCCUCGCCCUAUCUACACCCCAAGGCGGCACCGAUCUUUGAGGACUACUGGGGCUUCGCACGGGGCAACUUCUCCAACCUGACGUCGUCGUCGCUGCACUGGGGCGCAGCGCCCGCGCCCUCGGACGCCCUCAACCACAGCACGCUCAUCUUUGGUCCCGGCGGCCUCGGCCCGUCGGUCGAGUUCAACACGAUGCUCCUGUCGGACCUGGCCUCCAGGGGCUACGCAGUCGUCGGCAUCGACCACCUGUACGAGCAGCCCUUCGCGUGGUUCCCCAACCCUGACGCCCCCGGCGGCGGCGGGCCCACCAACCCCGGCAGGGACGCGCUGGGCGUCGAUCCACACCUCGACGGGAUCACGGACCAGAUGUACCUCGACCUGCACGCGGCGCGCGAGCGCGAGAUGCUGCACGUGGUCGAGCACGGCUGGCCGGGCCUCGUCGCGGCGCUGGGCUGGCCGUUCGCCACGGCGAACCUGGGCCUGUUUGGGCACUCGUUUGGCGGGUCGGUGGCCCUAUCGAUCGCGGCGCAGACGUCGGCGGCGCGGGUGGCGGCGGCCAUCAACAUGGACGGCACGGUCUUUGGCGCGGUGCGGGACGCGGGCAGGCCGGCGAUGCUGCUGGGCUCCUCGUUUCACAUCGGCGGGCCGCAGGGCGACUCGACCUUUGACGAAUUCGCCGCGAAGCAGACCGGGUGGUGGCGGUGGCUGCAUUUUGAGACGUUUGGGCACCUGGGCUUUGCCGACAUGGCCUUUUUCAACGAGGUCGGCCCCAAUGGCAUCUCGGACUUUUCAAAGGGCACCGUGCGAGGCGCCAGGGCUGUCGAGGUCACUCGGGGCGUCGUGGCUGCGUUCUUCGACCGGUGGGUCAGGGGCGUCGGUGACGACGAGGGCCUUUUUGAUAACCCUGAGGGGGUUUAUGCCGAGGUCAGCCUCACAAGCGGUGGGAAUGGGAGCCUGUCGCGAUAGAGUAGCAUGCUUCUCUAGACAUGAUGGCUGCUACGGAGCGAAAUCUCCUACUGUGGGAUCAGAUUCGACAAGAUGGUAAUAUGAAAGACGGCAGAAUGUCUGUGAUGGUAACCAAUAAAGUUUAUCGUAAUAUAGAUUUACCAAUAUGCAGACCAGCCAGGAACCAAACGCAUGGAAAUGUGGAUUGCGAAUAUCCAAAAAGUUACCGUCUCUCAUUGCCAUCUGACCAAAUGCCGAAGCUCGGGGCUUUCUUUUCCAAUUAGGAGAAAUGAAAGAGAUCCUUGGCU